AUGAAUAAAGCAAACAUAAAAAAAAUCGAGGAUCCAAAUUUAUGGAUAUAUGAACAUAUCAUAAAAAAAGGAAAAAAAAAUAUAAAUGAUAAUGAAUUUAACAAAGAAGUUUUAAAAAAAGCUCGUGAACAAUUAAAGCUAAUUUUAAAAGACUCUAAGAAAUAUGAUACCAAAUUAAAAGAAUUAGAUAAUAGAAAACAAACAUUCAAUUAUAUGCGAGCAAAUAAAAAGAUAAAUCCAAAUUCAUUCAUAUUUAACCCAUAUAAAGAAAAAUAUAAAAAUUUAGAUAUAAAAAAAUUUUUUAAAUAUCAAAAUAACGGUCCAAAAUACAGCAAUAAUAAUGGCAAUAAUAAUAUUGAGUUAUUUUAUAGUAAAGAUAUGUCGAAUUUAAGGAGUAAUUCAGAAUAUAAAAAAAAAAAAUAUAUUAUAAAUAUAAUGAAAAAAAUAAAAGACGAUAAAAUUAAUAAAAUAUCUUUCUUUUUCAACAACCCUGUAAAUUAUUAUGACACCCAUUUAAAAGAGAAAUAUAUGAAUGAAGUUUUAAAAAAAAUUGAUGAAAAAAAUGUUGAAAAAAAUGAUGAAAAAAAAAGUGAUUUGGAACAAGAUGAUGCAAUUUAUUCAAUAAUAAAUAAUGCAUGUUAUUAUAAAACUGAAGAAAAUAAUAUAAAUAAAACAGAUAAAGAUAUUGUUAAAGAUGAUAAUUUAAAUAAUGUAAAAGACUUAUCAUAUAAUAUAUAUACAGAAACUUUGGAUAAAUCUGAUAUGUUUAAUGCUAAAGACUUUUGUGAAGAAUACAUUAUAGACAAUAGUUAUGCUAAAAUAAAUGAUGAAAAUGUUGAUAAUAAAAAAAAUAGUUGUUAUAAUUUAAACGAUAAAAAUAGUAAUGAUGCUGGAAAAUCGUGUGUAGAAAAAAAAAAUAAUAAUUUUAGCGAAAAAAAAAAUAAUUUAUGUAUUUCUGAAAAUUUUAAUAAAAUAUUAUUAUAUAAUAAUAUGAAUAUUUCUUCUAAGUGUAGUGUUGGUGGAUCAGAUUCUUUGUUAUCUAUAUUAGAAAAAUUAAAAGAAAAUAAAAAAAAUAAAGCUAAUUCUUCUAAUUUGUCAAUUAAUGAAUUUGAAAAAACAAUAUAUAAUAAUAAACAAAAUGAAAAAGAAAAAAAUAAAAGUAAACAUAUUGAAAUAAAAACUAAGGAUAGUGACAAUUAUUAUAAAAAAGGAGCAAAAGAAAAUAUGAAUAAAAUAAAAGACGAUGAAAAAAAAGAUAAUUCAAGAAAUCAAUAUGAAUAUAUUGAUAGUAAUAAUAUAACAAUAUAUAAUCUUAGUCAACAUAUAAAUAUAGAAGAAUCUAAAAUAAUAAACGUAUGUAAAUAUAUAUUAGAUAAUGAUUAUGUUAAUAAAUAUACAAAAUUAGAAAAAGAAGUGGCAGAAUUAAUAUGUGAAGAGCUUAAUGUGUUAAAUAAAUUAAAAUAUAGUUGUAUUGAUUUAAAAAAAAGAAACCCAAUUGUUACUAUUUUAGGACAUGUAGAUCAUGGAAAAACAACAUUAUUAGAUUGUUUUAGAAACUCAAAUAUCGCAAAAAAUGAAGUUGGUGGAAUUACACAAAAAUUAGGAGCGUUUGAAAUUAUUGAUAAAAAAAAAAAAAAAAAAAUUACAUUUUUAGAUACACCGGGUCAUAAUGUAUUUAAAACAAUUAGAAAAAGAUGUGUUCAAUGUACUGAUUUAAUUGUUUUAGUAAUAUCUGCAGAUGAUGGAAUUAUGACUGAAACUGUUGAAUGUUUAGAAUUAGCACAAAAAUAUAAUAUACCUUUAAUUAUAGCAGUUAAUAAAAUAGACAAAUGUAAUAGUGAAAAUGAUAAAAUGUUAAAAAUUGAAACACUUUCAAAAGCUUUGCUUCGAUAUAAUAUUAUAACAGAAAAUGAAAAUGGACAUGUUCCUAUUGUUCCUAUAUCUGCUAAAAAAAAUAUAAAUAUAGAUUUAUUACAAAAUACAAUAUUUAAUGUUAGUGAUAAAUUAAAUUUAAUAUGCGAUCAUGGUAAUUUAUGUUCUGCAUAUCUUUUGGAAAAAAAAAUAGAUGAAUCAAAAGGGAAAAUAUUAACAGUUAUAUGUAAAUCUGGAAUAUUAAAAGUUGGGGCUUAUAUAUUAGUUGGUAAUGCAUAUACAAAAAUUAAAAAAAUAUAUAAUAGUUAUGAUAAAGUUGUGAAUGAAGCAUAUCCUUCGGAAGUUGCUCAAAUUGUUUGUUCUAUAUCAUUUACUAAUAAUAAUAAUUUAAAAUAUGGUGAUAUGAUUCUUGAAAUGAAAAAUUUGAAAAUUGCACAAAGAGUUGCCAAAUAUAAAUUCAAGAUGGCGCAGUAUAGUCUAAUAAACGAAGCUUAUUUUGAAAAAAGUUUUGAAAAAAAUCAAGAGGAUAAAGCAUUGACUAAUUUUUUACUUCCACAAAUUCCAAUUAUUAUAAAGACAUGUGACGAAGGAAGCUUAAAUGCAAUAUUAGAAGGAAUUAAUGAAUAUAACAAAAAAGAAAAAAAUGAAAAAUAUUGUAAUAUAUUUAAUUUUAUUGAGCGAAAUUAUAUUAACAAAAAUAUAUUAAAUGAUGAAAAAAUAACAGAUAAAAAUAUUUUUAAGAAUUGGGAACCUUUUAAAAUUAUUACAAAAGGGAUCGGAACGUUUAAUAUUAGUGAUUUAAAAUUCUGUGAAUAUACAAAUCCUUGUUUUAUAUUUUCAUUUAAUAUUGAUAUAAAUAGUAAUAUACAAAAAAAUAUAGAUAAUAUGAAUGGUAUAAUACUAAGAUCACAUAAUAUAAUAUAUGAAUUAUUUAAUGACAUUGAAAAUAUUUGUAACUUUUAUUUUGAUUCAUUACAUUUAUAUGAGCCUGUUUCAAAAAUGAUAAUUAAUAAAACAGGAUAUUAUUCUAUAAAAAAUAGUAAAGGAAAUAAUAAUAAAAAAAGUAAAAGAGUUGUGUUAUCUGUAGAUAUUAAAGAUGGGGUAUGUAACGCUUCACACACAUAUAAUAUUAUUAGAAAUAAACAAAUUAUUCACAAAAAUUUGACUAUUUUAUCUAUGCAAAAAAAUAAGCAAAAUACAAAUGAACUAACUAAAACAUGUAAUGCAAAUUCUAUAAUUUUUAAUACUUUUUCGGAAAAUUUUUUAGUUGGGGAUGAAAUAAUUGCAUUUAAAAAAACCACAAGAUCUCCUCUUUUUGGAAAAAUAAAGUCUUUCAAAUUGCCUAGUUAA